AUAUAACAAAUAAUUUGAGUAUGGCAACACAGAGACGGAACCCUCUGACGGGAGAGUGGAUAAUAGUGUCCCCUCACCGCAUCUCCAGACCCUGGGGCGGCGAGAAGAGUAGCUCUACAGGACAGGGGUUCACUAAAGUGUCCAGUUAUCUGUCCCCUGGUGCUGCAAGAUCUAACGGCAGUGUUAACCCCCUCUACACCUCCACAUUUGUAUUUCCUAACGACUUUUCCGCGCUUGUACAAGCCACCCCUGGUGAGGAACCUGGCACAGAGCCAGGUGAGGAACCUGGCACAGAGCCAGGUGAGAAAGCUAGCACGUGUCCUGGCACAGAGCCAGAGGAUGAGUUGUUCCAGAGUGAGCCAGCUGGAGGGGAGUGUCACGUGAUGUGUUUCUCACCCCACUCUCACCUCUCUCUCCCUCUCAUGAGACACGAGGAUAUACUGAGUGUUAUCAGGGAGUGGAUCAGACUCUCCGAUCAGCUCAAAUACAACCUUUACGUACAGAUAUUCGAGAACAAAGGAGCGAUGGUUGGCUGCAGUAACUCUCAUCCUCACUGUCAAAUAUGGAGCUCUAGUUUUCUUCCUUACCUCAUCUCUUUAGAAGACUCUCAUCAGAGGGAGUACUUCUCCAAACACAACUCUCCACUUCUUGUAAAGUACCUAGAAAAGGAGAUGAGGUGUAAAAAACGGGUAGUAGAGGAGAGUGAAUACUGGGUAGCUCUAGUACCCUACUGGGCCAAGUGGCCUUUUGAGCUCCUACUUUUACCUACCCGUCACGUGACAAAGCUCAGGGACCUCACCGAGGAGGAGGUACUAGACUUAUCCAGUACAAUGAAGAGAUACCUGACAAGGUACGAUAAUCUGUUUGAAUGUUCGUUUCCCUACUCCAUGGGAUGGCACGAGGCCCCCAACACUGCAUCAGACUGCUCACAUUGGCAACUCCACGCGCACUAUUACCCUCCGUUACUGCGCACUGCUACUGUAAAGAAACACAUUGCAGGGUAUGAAAUGCUGGCUCAGUGCCAGCGAGAUCUUACUGCGGAGGACGCCGCGCAGAGACUUAAAGAUUGUGAUGCACUCGUACAUUUCACGCAGAGGAAUAUUGACUAGCGUUAUAAUUAGUUAAUAAUUGAAAGUAUUUCGUUAUUUGAGGUUAUAGGUGGUUAUGUUAUACUUUAUUUUAAAUUAAUUACUUUUAACAUUUUAGAAUUUUUUAUUGGACGACAAUUUUGACACUUUAGAUGGUUUAAUUGUGUUUCAAAUAACAACUAAGUAUUUACAAAUCAAAUUAAGGACCUAAUAACU